CUAUGCCAUACAAAAGUCAAAGCCUUUCGUCAUAACAACAAUUAAUUUCUUUUAUUUACCUAUAAAUUCUCUCACUAAUUUGGCUAAUAAAUUAAUUUAGGGUAUAAGUGCGAAACCGUUAUUGCUAUUUGCUAUUUAAAUAAUAUCUAGUCUAUGCCGUCAUCGUGAAAUUGAUACAGAUCUACUCGUACUACAUUUUUUUUUCACUACUAUCAUACCAAAAUUUUUUAAUUAUCAAAAGCAAUAAUUCCACCAACUAAUGUCAAAUACCAAUAAUAGGAAUGACACGGGGGGUGUUGAAGGUACUGAAAGUACUAUACGAUCAGAACCUUUAUCAGAAUUAGAAUCAGAAGCUUUUGCUAUAAGAGAAACAGCCACAAGAGCUAUUCAAAAGGAUAAUUUAUCAUAUAGUGAAAAAUUAGCUUUACCACAAAUAACUUUACGAGCAACUAUAGUAGGAUUAUUAAUUGGAUCAAUUGUUCUUGUAUCAAAUUUUCAAUUUGGUUUACAAACAGGUUGGGUAUCAAUGAUGUCACUUCCAGCAGCUCUUUUAGGAUUUGCUAUAUUUAAGAUCUCACCAUAUUCAACAAGUUUUACUGAUGUUGAAAAUGUUUAUAUUCAAAGUGUUGCAGUAGCUGUUGGUACUGGUCCAUUAUGUUAUGGAUUAAUUGGUAUAGUUCCUGCUAUUGAAAAAUUCUUAACUCCUGAAGAAUCAGGUUUAGGCCGUACAUUAAAAUUUUCUUUAAUUGAUUUAAUGGUAUGGUCUUUAGGCUUGGGUUUAUUUGGGGUAUUCUUUGCUGUACCACUUAGAAAUCAAGUCAUAAUUAAAGAAAAAUUACCAUUUCCUUCAGGUAGUGCAACUGCUACUUUAAUUUCAGUUAUGCAUGGUACUGAAAUUUAUAGUGAUGAAGAUGAAAAGAAAUUAACUAAGCCAUUAUCAUCAUCAUCAUCAUCAUCACCAAAAAAGCCUUCCCUUUCGGAAGAUAUAGAACAAUAUUUGGUUGCUCAAGAACCAACCCCUCAACCCGUAGCAUCUAACAUUAAUUCUUAUUCAUCAAAUCUUCAUGCAUUAUUGAUAACUUUCUCUGUAUCGGCAGCAUACACUUUGUUAUCAUUCUUUUUCCCAAUACUUAGAAAUAUUCCAAUCUUUGGUAAUUAUUUAUCAAAUCAAUAUAAAUGGAAUUUUCAACCAUCACCAGCUUAUAUUGGUCAAGGUAUAAUUAUGGGAUUACCAACAGUAUCAUAUAUGUUAUUUGGAGCUAUUUUAGGAUGGGCAAUAUUAGCUCCAUUAGCAAAAUAUCAAGGUUGGGCACCAGGAGAAAUUGAUGAUUGGAUUCAUGGAGGUCAAGGAUGGAUUUUAUGGUUAAGUUUAAGUGUUAUGAUUAGUGAUUCAAUUAUUUCAUUCAUAAUUGUAGCCAUUAAAUCUAUUAAAAAUGGUAUAAAAUAUAUUAGAUCUAAUAAUAAUGAAUCUUUAGAUACUCUUGAAAUGGAACAAUCUUUAUUAACUGAUGAUGAUAGAGAUUCUAAUGAAGAUCCAAAUAAUAGUACUUAUUCACCAAAGGAUAGAUCUGAACCAGUAGUAGUUAAUGCAACAAGACUUGAACUUCAAAAGGAUUAUUUAGUAUCCAAUAAAGUUACAUUCUUAGGAAUAAUUUUAUCUUCAGUACUUUGCAUAGUUUCAAUUAAAAUUGUAUUUGGAGAUAUUGUACCGAUUUAUGCAGCAGUAGUAGCAAUAAUUCUUGCAUUAUUCUUUUCAGUUCUUGGAGUUAGAGCAUUAGGUGAAACUGAUUUAAAUCCAGUUAGUGGAAUUGGGAAAUUAUCUCAAUUAAUAUUUGCAUUAGUUAUUCCAAAAGAUCAUCCAUCAAAAAUUCUCAUUAAUUUAGUAGCAGGUGGAGUUGCAGAAGCUGGAGCUCAACAAGCAGGAGAUUUAAUGCAAGAUUUAAAAACUGGUCAUUUAAUUGGAGCUUCACCAAAAGCUCAAUUUGUUGCACAAAUUAUUGGUACCCUUUAUUCAGUAAUUCUAAGUUCAAUAAUGUAUCAAGUUUAUAAUAAAGUUUAUACUAUACCUAGUGAUAUGUUUAGAAUUCCAACAGCAAUUAUUUGGAUUGAUUGUUCAAGAUUAGUUACUGGUCAAGGUUUACCACCUAAAGCAUUUGAAUUCUGUAUUAUAUUUGGAAUAAUAUUUGGAUUCAUUUCUUUAUUAAAAAAUACCAUUCCAUCAAGUUCAAAAUAUCAUAAAUAUUUAGUAUAUUUACCAAGUGGAGUUGCAGUAGGAAUUGGAAUUUAUAAUUCACCAAAUUUUACUUUAGCUAGAUUUAUUGGAGGACUUAUUGCUUAUUGGUGGGUUAAUUAUAAAUCAAGUAAUAGAAUUGGAAUGAUUAUAUUUAGUAGUGGAUUAGUUCUUGGAGAAGGAUUAUUGAGUGUUUUCACUAUGAUAUUAACCAGUUUAGGGGUUAGACAUUUUUAAAAGUGUAUUUAAAUCACUUAGUCAUACAUUCGUUAGAUAGUUAUGUAAUUUAUAGACGUUCAAGAGAU